AGCUGGCAGAGCUUCAGCGACAUCUUUGAGAAAUGCACUAUGGUUUUAUCUGUGGUUUUCUUUAUAUACUGAGUUGCACUUUGUAACAGAUUUCCCUGAACUCAGAGACUAAAUACCUAGCAAACAUCACCAGCAGACUGUAAUCAGUGAUUGGUUUAAGUUCAAUUAACUGUGGAUGUUAAUUUUCUUCCUUUCUUUUUGUCUCUCUGCCUUUGUUGUUUUGGCCUUCGAUAAAAUCUUGCUACAGAUGGUUAAUGUCUGAAUUUUCAGUGUGGACACUGCCUAAUCCAUUCAAAUUGUCUCUUGGGCAGAGGCUUUCUGAGCCACAGUUACUGAAAACUGCUAUAUAAAGCAUUUGCACGAAGUUGUUGUUUUAUUGUUCUUGUACCAGGGGUUGUCAGAACUGUGCAACAUGACAGAGCUUCAUGAAGCUGUAGCUCUGGGCGAUUAUGAUUUAGUGAAUGAGCUUCUGAAAAAAGGGCUUUGUGAUGUGAAUUACAAAGAUACGGACUGGAAUGACAGGACACCAUUACACUGGGCUUCUGCUAAAGGGCAAUCGGAGAUGGUAAAGCUACUUGUGCAGCAUGGCGCUCGCCUUUGCUUGAGAACGGACGUGGGUUGGACUCCAGCUCAUUUUGCGGCUGAGUCAGGAAGACUAGGUGUGCUAAGGACUCUUCAUUUUUUGCAUGCCGCCAUCGAUGCAGCAGAUCUCUAUGGGGACACUCCGAAAAGGAUUGCAGAAAUCUACGGACACAAAGACUGUGUGAAGUUCUUAGAAAUAGCUGAGGUGGAGUGCAGGGACUACCGUUUGGUGGCAGGAUUGAAAGGAAUUCAACUGGACCAGACAGAUGAAGACUGGGAACUCAAGAAAGAAGAGCUUAAGAAAAAUACACCCCGUGCUCAGGCGAAAUAUACACGCUCUACUCAAAAGAAAAACAGAGGAAAGAAUGUGAAACAAUAGCAUCUUCAGAUUCCUUUGAACUAGGGAAAGUCAGAGAGAGCUAGUCAAAGACACUAACAGACCCCAGAUACAUCUGGAGUAUGAAACAUAUACUAAGUGUUUGUCUACAUGGUGCUUUAGUCCACGUCAGAGGGGUAAAUUGUAGUCUGCACUAGCAUGCUGCGUGCUGACUGGCUUGUGUGCGCCCUGCUGGCAUGCACUGAAAGUUCUCUGGUGUGCAUUACUGUAGCCCUGUUUCAGACAGGCCUAUGUUAAUGUGGGAACUUUUAGUAUGCACCACGAGGGUCCACGUAGUUAGUUUGCAUGACACACUAGUGGGGACUAAAAUUGACACUCCUCUGGUGUGAAUUAAAGAACUGUGUAGAGGAGACCUAAGAGAAAAAGCAUAUGGUCUGUGCGGUGGGUUGUACAUAUGACUAUUAAUGGGAAGUGGCUAGAAGUAGUGGAUCUAUCUAUCGUGACAAAGUCAAUCCUGACAGAGUGGUGGAGGGCAGAUGUAUCAGCCCUUGGAUGGUGAAGGUCCUGUUCCCUAUGAGCUGAAAAAAGGUUACCUCAGGUUAAGGCCAGUUAAAGGCAGUCAGUGACCUUAUGAUCCCUUCUGGGGAGAGUGAGGAGGGGAGAGAUGAGACAGGCUGCAACGGGGUAGUGGCACCACCAGAAAGGAAAGGCUUGGUGAAAGGCUGUCUCUCCUCCCAAUAGGGAAAGAAACUGAGUUACCAGCUGCUUGGGGAAGGACUGGCAAGGAGGAGCCAGCAUACUAGGGUAACACCAGGGAGAGGGGGCAGGGACAGGAUUUUUUUGUUUUUGCUUAAGAGAACUUCUUGGGCCUACCCUGAGGCCUACCAUGUAAAUAAGGAAAAAUAAAACCAUAGUGAAGGGAAAAA